AUGUGUCAUGGAGAUUUCAUGAAGUUGAUGCCAAAAGGUGCCGACCAAAGAACUGCCAGGCAAGAUAACCUGGCAUAUGCAGGUGUACGUGCGUCUAACAAACUGGUGGAUAAUGAUUUAGCUGAACUAAAUAAACGUAAAGAUUGUUACGUUCAAGCUGGGAAAAACCACUGUAUCCACCCGGCGGUGAUUGCUGCUAUUGCCAGUCGUGAAACAAGAGGUGGUAAACUGUUGUACAGCACCAACGGCUAUGGAGAUGGUGGAAGAGCAUAUGGAAUAAUGCAGGUAUAUAUUUGUAAGAAAUAUCCUUGGGAUAGCUGCGAGCAUAUCAAUCAGCUGACAGAUAUAAUAUUACUAAAUUAUGUUAAUCAGAUGAAAACCAAACACCCCUCCUGGCCAGCUCAUUAUCAAUUAAAGGGCGGAGUAUCGGCUUACAAUGCUGGAGUAGGUAAUGUUCAAACUAUAGCUGGAAUGGAUGCUGGAACCACGAAUGAUGAUUACAGUAAUGACGUCAUAGCCCGGGCACAACGUCUUGUCAAUGCUCAUGGGUGGUAA